UCUUCGAAACAUUUCAAAUCAAGUCAGCUUUUUUCUCUACGUCACUGCAGUUUCAAAAUUUAAGGACAGAACAAUUGGGCUGGAUAAAUAUUGGUACAACUUACUAAUUUUUUUUUCUAUUUGUACACCCCUCCCUCGAUACUUUUUAUUGUUUGUAAUAUUGCUAAGUUUUAAAUUCUCAAGUGUUAACUUUUUUUUUACUUAUUUUGCAAAAAAUUCGCAUAUGAUCCAUGUCAGUGAACUGCGUACUCGGUCGAUUCUCGGUACUGGUUGACAUGAAUGCGAUUGAAUGCAAAGCGGUUGGAUUGCAUAAGACGAAAUAGUGAGAAACACCAGUGUAUAUUUUUCUUCAAAUCUUUUUAAUAUCCAGAAGCGACGUUAUAUGCUUUUAAACAUGCGCAUUCUAAGCUCCGAAAGGCUACAGUAGUUUAACCCCGGCUGAGAACAAUACCGCCCACCAUGUUGGAAAAUGGCAGAACGCCGGAACGUUGCUGCAAUUCUAUUUGAAUCGGCAUGUCGCACCGAUAAUUAGAUUAUCGACUGUGUUAAUUUUCAAUAAGGCUGUGUUCAAUCUAGGCGUAUAAGUUGGGGCUAUGUCUAAUAAAUAGGUACCGAUUACGUAAACGAAUUUUAGAAAAAGUUGUUUGUCGACACAAGAAGUAGGUUACGAGUCAGUAAAUAAUGUCGAAGACAGGAAAGUCCUGUAAAAGUUUAACGUAUAUAAGUUGGCGCGAGUCCGUUUUAUUGAUGUAUUGACCUAAAGCCAUUUAACGCGGACAGAAGGGUCAGCAGGAAGUCCAAAAUGGAGAAUGGUUUUAGGUUAGGUAGUCUCAGGUGUACUCAAGGGAUGAAGGUUACCUGCAGGAAAUCCUCAUCCUUUCGGUGUCAUUAGUAAAUAUAUUUAGUUUCACGACAGAUAGAUAAAGUAAGAAUUGAACCUGCUUUCAGAAAUAUUUCGAGCGUAAUUCAAGUCGAAGUGGAUCGUACGAAUUUAACCUGUGAAGGUACAAAAUUGUGUUGACGGUGCUGUGGUAUAAAAUAUGAAAAAGGAUUUAACGUUACUGGUAGGAAACGUAUGAAGUACGUUUUUAUGAAAAUCAACAAGUGUUGGGAUUCAAUUGGUUGCUGUUUACGGGAUUCGAGUAGGGAUGUGAGUAUAUAGAACAUUGAUGAAAUAAAAUUGUCUGCGCGAUAAACUAGAAGCUUCCAGAAUCCGUGGUUGCAGCAGUCAAUGGAGUGUGGGAUCUGAAAUCUUUUCUACGUAAAAUCAACAAGUGCUCCGUUCGAAUGGUUUGAAGCAAGUUGGUAAGCAGGCAGAAAGUCAGGCAGACAGACAGACAGAAGCCAGCAAGCAAACCGUGGUGGGUGCGUGGCUCGAGUGACCGAAGGCGCAUGCAGACGCAUGGUAGAGGAAAGCAAUGCUAAACGGGGAAUAGUAUCUCUGGUAGAGUAGGUGGUGGAAAACUGUAUGGCGGUGGGGAUGAAGGUAGAGGUUCGUGAAUGUUCGUGCGUCCUCGUGAAAGUUCGGGUUCUGGUUUCUCCCGCGGCCGCUCGGUGUCAGCGUGUGCGCAGACCGGCUGCGCAGCAGGCGUGUGCGUUGUCUAGAUUCUUUGUGCCAUUCCUGGCAUACCAAAAACAGAGUAACUCCUCAUAUUUACGGACCGAAUACCGUCCGAAUUUCGAGAAAAGCGGCCGCGGCCCACGUCGACUCGCCCUGUGGUGUAACCACGUCGCUGUCAACCUGACCUGCCCGAGAAAUCCUCAUGAAAGACUGGGAACUCAGUACUCAGAAUAGCAUCGGCAGUGCGGUGGCUGCAGCCGACACCAUUUCCUCGCCGUGGACACCCGCGAGUUCCGGGCCGCCGCCCGACGCCAACGGCUCCGGCUCGGAUACGAAGAACCUCGACGUUGGCGAGAUCAGCGAUGACGAGAAGGACCUGUCGGCAGCGGAUGCGGAAGGCGUAUGGUCACCGGAUAUCGAGCAGAGCUUCCAGGAAGCUCUCACCAUAUAUCCGCCAUGCGGCAGACGCAAGAUCAUCCUCUCAGACGAAGGAAAGAUGUACGGUCGCAACGAGCUGAUCGCACGUUACAUCAAACUGAGGACCGGUAAGACGAGAACGCGAAAGCAGGUCUCCUCUCACAUACAGGUCCUGGCGAGGAGAAAAUUGCGGGAAAUUCAAGCAAAAUUGAAAGUGGAUCAUGCCGCGAAGGAGAAGGCCCUGCAGACAAUGUCGAGCAUGUCCAGUGCCCAGAUAGUAUCUGCUGGGACUGCGAUACACAACAAGAUGCCCCCAGCUAUCGUGGGGCCCUUAGCCCUUCAUGCCUCCAACCCCGUCUCCUAUCCUGGAGCGCAAUUUUGGCAGCCUGGUUUGCAGCCGGGCACAUCGCAAGAUGUCAAACCGUUCCCACAACCGACCUACACUGGAAAACCAGCAACAGCUGUGUCGAGCGGUGACAUGGUCCAGGCACCUCCACCACCACCCUGGGAAGGACGUGCCAUAGCCACGCACAAGCUCAGGCUCGUGGAGUUCUCUGGAUACAUGGAACAGCAAAGAGAUCAAGACAUUUACCACAAACACUUAUUCGUCCACAUAGGAGGCUCUGCGACCUACGCCGAUCCCCUCCUGGAGGCCGUGGACGUAAGGCAAAUAUACGACAAGUUCCCAGAGAAGAAAGGCGGCCUCAAGGAGCUCUACGACAAGGGUCCUCAGGCUGCUUUCUUCCUCGUUAAGUUCUGGGCGGACCUUAACACUAACAUUCAGGAUGAAGCUGGUGCUUUCUAUGGCGUUACAAGCCAAUACGAGAGCAACGAGAACAUGACGAUAACGUGUUCGACGAAGGUAUGCUCGUUCGGCAAGCAGGUGGUGGAGAAGGUGGAAACCGAAUACGCAAGGUUUGAAAAUGGGAGGUUCGUCUAUCGCAUCAGCCGUUCACCAAUGUGCGAGUACAUGAUAAACUUCAUUCACAAGCUUAAGCACCUCCCAGAGAAGUACAUGAUGAACAGCGUAUUAGAAAACUUCACCAUUCUCCAGGUUGUCACGAACAGGGAUACGCAGGAGACGUUAUUGUGUACGGCGUAUGUGUUUGAAGUUUCGACGUCCGAACACGGGGCGCAGCAUCACAUAUACAGACUGGUCAAGGACUAGCCUGCUUAACCUGCUCGCCAUGCAGCCAUCCACCCCCAUCAGUGCCUACCACACGACUCAUCCAUACAUGAAUAUAUUCACAUAUAUAUUAUAUUAUAUAUAUUUACACACAAAAACACACAUAGAUACACUCAAGUACACUAGUGAAGACGCUACAAGAUAUACACGUUUUAUGUACACUAUUUCUAGGGAUUCUCUAUGGAUGAUGUUCCCAUUUGCUUCCACGUCGAAAGUGAAAGUGGUACCGGGCUUGAUUUUUAUUCAUUAAUAUUUAGCCUGAUGCGAGUCUGUUGUGAGACUUCAAAUUCGUAUCGGAUACGUUUAUGAAAUUUCUUUUCUUUUUUUAGAUGAGAGAAAAUCGGACAAAUUCGUAUUUUUUCCAUUUUUUUUUUACACUGGAUAAUUUAUGUUACAGAUUCGAGGUUGAUCGUGAUUCAAUUCUAUUUUUUUUAAAAAUAGUUUCUUGUAUGACAUUAAUAUUGACGAAAGUGGCUUGCUCGUUACGUGCGGUGUUGUAUGGGAAGUUUUAUGAAACAAUUGAUCGACAAGUCUUAAUAGGAACAUUCUCUGUAGGGUCUCCGUACGUCGAAGAUACAUAUGGAACACACAAGAUGCGUACUAGCCAGCCCGAGCUCUCGAGUUUGAUUAAAAAAUUCAAACUCCGCAGCAAGUCGUUGGUACUCUAAUAUCUCUUUGUUUUGUUUGAUCAUUUAUUUGAGAUAAAUGAUCGAUGUCGAACGUUGGCGAAAACGAGGGCACGCAUUAAAUGUAAACGUCACGCCAUGUUUGCUCGCUAUCGUUCUUUAACGAUCUCAUAGUGAUUCUGCAGGAAAAUCAAGCGUCGAAUUUAACCAAUCACCGGGGCAGAACUUUUGCUCGUAUACAAAAUUUAAGGACACGCGUUACAUUCAUGGUACACGAUGAUAACGAUUGACAAUAAGAUUGGCGUUCGACGCGUCUCAUGCUAGAUUUAAAGAAGGAGAAGGUGGAGGAGGAUAAGAAUACAAUGAGGGGAGGAAAAAAAAUAUAUUAACAGGAGUACCAAAUGCUUUUAACGACGCUGAACAAACUGCGACCUCGGUGCAGUGCUGUACUCUAACAUAAACUUAGUAUUAUAGUUUUAUUAUUAAACUAGACGAUAGAUCAGACAAGACAUCCACACAACAGAUAUACAUAUAUUACGUAUAAGAGUAUAUGUUAAAUAUUAACGCAAUGAUUACGAUUUACAUUGUUAUAAAUGAUCGUGUAUAAAGCUAUAUAAGUGAUCUUAAGUUUUAAUCGAGUGCGAGAGCUAAAGGCAAGAGGGAUGCCAUUACACGUUUUUACAAAUCUCUUCAUUUUUUUUUUUUUUUUUUUUUCGAAUCAACUUUUCAUGCUUUUCUUUUUUUUCAUUGCUGAAAAGGGCACGUACGAGGUAAAUCGUAGAAGGCUAUAAAGAGUAUAAGGUAGACAGAAGAAUCGUACGAAAUUUAAUUCGUUCUUUUUCUAAAAAAAUACCGUUUAUUAUAUUCGUUUUUUAAUAAUUUUUACUCUGCCUUUCGGUUUGCUCUUUUUUUUUUCUUCGUCCAUUUCCUGGUCUUCUUUUGAGACCCAAUGGGACUUUCUGUAUACAAAUAUUUUACGUGCUAUCCCACCCUCGUCGUCGAUUCGCCAUUCUUAUCGAACGGAAAUUGCAUAGGAUAGUCAGAGAGAAGUGCGCAUGCGCGAUAGAUCGAGAGAAUGACAUGUUUGUACUUCAUAUAAUCACCGAACUUUAUACCGUAAUAAGUAUCUUCUGUAUUUUACUUUCUGCGGAUCUUACCGCGAAUGACUUCUUUUUCUUUUUUUUCUUUUUCAUACUUUAGAGUAUCGUUGUGUUUUUAAUCUUUCUUAAUGAGUUUCCUCAGCGACGCUAUAUUCUCACAGGUCAUUGAAACCGUUUGAAUAAUUUAAAACCUGUUAUGUACGUCUUGUCUAUCGGUCUGUCCGUCUGAUAUCUGCCCUUGCCUAAAACGACAGACCAUUCAAUGAUCGUCAGUCUUUCUCUUAGUUCAGUUCAUUUUUUAAGUUAAGAAAUUUUCCAAAUUUCUAUUUUAUUUUCAACACUCACCAUGCACACUGUUAAGAGGGUCAACCUCCUUCAUUUUUUUUUUUUGAAUUUUAGUACACCGUCACAUUAAUUCGCACAGCGAAUAAUGAAGGACUGCACCUGUGCUCGCAAAGUUUCGUACUUAAUGAAAUCCACAAUGUUUUCGUAAAUAUUUUUCUUUUUUCUUUUUGUACACUCGACAAAAGGGACCAUCAAAAUCAAUCGAAGAUAUUUUAUUUGUUCUUUUUCUUAGGGUGAUUAGUCUUUUUGUUUUUGGGAGGAGAUCAGUCCUCUCGUAAACUUAUCCCAACGCCACUGAACCCGCCGUCGCAAUUUUACAUUGACAACCCCCCUUACCUCCCUCCUCACCGGUUCACUUGGUUUUAUUCUAUUGUUUUCCUCGUAAAUGCAAAAUCUUUGAAUGAAACGAUUGGAUCUUCUUUAUAUCGCCAAAUGACAGUGUCCAUUACGAGUAGGGCGAAUGGGUUUUAAUGGCAAUUUUGCGUGAAAGUGGAACAACGUAUUUUCUGUUCCCCUUACAUCUUGUUUUGUUUCCCCCUUUUUUUAAGUAAUUCAUUUUCUUGUCCUUUAUUCUGAUUGUAUGUACGCUUUCGAGCGGAGCUUGCCUACCGAGCAGUAAACAAUAAUUGUAAUCACCGGAAUACUUAUACUUUAAGAAUAGAUUAAUAUUAAUUUACCGUAUUGUUACUUUAAUUAACUGUUAACGAAACAAGUGGCAAUGUAUUUUGAUCUCUCUUUUAGUCAGAAAUAUAUCCUUUUUUUGUCGUUCGUUUUGGGUGAGAAAGAAAUUCGCUUAAGUGGGGACGUCGAACGGAUUUGAGGAAACGAUGGAAUUUGAUUAUAUUUGACAGUAGCGUAUAUGGUAUGAUAAUUUCUAUUUGCAAAUUGGCAGCUUCUGUACUUCGUAGUUAUUGUUACUUUUUAUAAUUGUAUAUCGCAAUGCCGCGCGGUACCGCCUGCGUUUCCUGUUUUAUUAUUUUUUAUUACUUCUCUUAUUUUUUUUUCCUCUGUAUUUUAAACGCAAUAAGAAUAACGGUGUGACGUCCGCGAGAAAACUGUGGAUGUUGGUGUAUAUCGAUUUGAAUCACAGAAAUGCUGUUACGCCCGGGUACUUGGACAAUUUUUAUAAAAAUUUUGAAAAAUUUUACAAGAGGAUUGAUCUUUCACUCAACUGCAUUAGUCACGCGAAUUUUGAGUCGGAUAUGUGUAUUUAAUCUAUUGGAACUGGAGACUGAAAAUUGUUUCUUUUUUUUUUACUUUGAUACUCGGGUAUUGAUUUUUUUUAAAAAAAAAAAAAGAAAAUAGCAUCCUGCGAUAAGCAUCGAUAUUCACGUAGAAGGAAUUGCGAGAGCGUUUUAUCCUUUUCGUAUACAGGCAAUAUUUUAAAGGAGAAUUUUCGAAUAAAUUUAUUUUAAUAACGUGUAAAGCGAAAACAAGCGACACGACAGCAACAGCAACAAGAAAACAAUACUGUGAAUUGCGAAUUUGAGGGAAAUGGGGAAAAAGAAAGGAGGACCGACACUAAUAUUAUUAACAUUAACGAUUAAUGAUUUUAAAGUAAGCGAAUUACAUUUAUAAGGAAAGAUUAUGAAAAUAUAUAUUUAUCUAUGUCUUCUGUGAAGAUAGAAAAUAGUACUCUCUCACGCUAUAUUGAUGAUAUCGGAAAUCGAGAACCGAGACAAAACAUACAAAACGGCAGAGGUAGUUUAAGGCGAGAAGAAAAAUAAAAGAACGGCAGACCCACGCAUAGAUAUACAUCAUAUAGUCACACUGCAGAAAAAGAAAAACAAAAAAAAAAGAGGAAGACAUGAAGCAGCUCGCAUUGUUCACAAUACACGAUACAAUCUAUAGCACAUUCAGAUUUGUUAAAUAUCUUUGUACAUAUUUACAUAAAGACCAUCAUCGAGGAAAAGAAAAAGAGAGAAAUAAGAAAAAGAAUACGAUAAAGAUAUCUCAAGUUCCAGCGGCAAUUUUAUUUCUUUCGCAUUUUUUUUUAACUUUUCUUCUUUUUCUUUUACGAUUUCCUUCAGGCGCACUGACGUGUUCACACGAUUGUAGAAUAUCAGUUCGACAAUGAAAACGAAAAAUAGUUUGCGCUUCGUUCGUUAGAACGCCUUUUCUAUUUUUAAAAGACGAAUGUCGAAGUCGAAAAUUGCGCCGGAACAAGAACUGGUAGCAAAUGCCAGUGUAUCAGGUGAACAAUCGUUUGCGUUUUAAUCGCCAAAUCAAAAAUCAAUAGGUUUUCUUUUCUUUUUUUCUUUUUUCUUUUUUUUUUAACUAUUAACCUUGUAACGCCUUAUUUAAGUUUAACCGGGAACUCAUUUAUUGUUCAGCUUGCUUGUCGAUGAACGUUAAAGCGUAGAUUAUGUUCAUGGGCUUUCAGUUUUUGGGAUUGACGUUAAAUCAAUUGCUACAGAUUAAUGAAAUAAUUGGCUGAAUUUAUCGAAGACAGAUCUCUUUCUCGUGCAAAAAUGAAUUUCUGGUAUUACAAUCGUCUCCUCCCCGAAAACCAAUGAAAAUUCGUCUUUGUCCAUAUCCUGGAACUGCCAUAUCAAAGAAUUGAGCUUGAUCAUAAAUAAAAAAAAAAGAGAAACAUGAUUAAAAAUAUUGAACGGAGGAAAUAUAAAAAGAAAAAG